AUGAACUUUUUCGUUCCUAUGUACCAUCAUUAUAAGAAAGAUGCUAAUUUAAGACCGGCGUAUUCAUCAAUAUUAGUACUUUCAUGUUACGUGUUCUUUAACGUUUUUAAAUUCACACCGGCCAUUAUAAGUGGAAGCUUGGUGUCACUUUGUCACAUAAUGAUUAUGUGGUUUAUGACUUAUGUUGACUCACCGAAAACUUGGCAAAGAAUACUCUCGGAUAUACUGUUUCAAAUUUGUAUUAACGGUUUAGGAAUUUACUUCAGAUAUAUCAGCGACAUAGUUAAGAGAAGAAGUUUCUUAGAUCGUAGGGAAUGUGUAGUGUCAACAUUCGAAAUAGAGGAUGAACAAAAACAACAAGUAAUGCUACUGCUUAGUAUCAUUCCAGAACACUUUUUUGAAAAAGUAAAACAGACAUUUGAAUCGAAAGUUGUAAAAUUCAAGAACGAUAAUAUUAACGAGUACACCGACGUAACCAUCUUAUUUGCUGAUAUUGUUAAUUAUACAAAUAUGACUAAAAAUCUGGAAAUAAAAGAACUUUUAGACACUUUGAACAAGAUGUUUUGUGCAUUUGAUGACGCUUCAGAUAAACAUAAAGUAACAAGAAUAAAAUUUUUGGGAGAUUGUUAUUAUUGCGUGGCCGGAAUGCCCCCUAAUCCGCCAGAAAAUCAUGCUGAGGCUUGUGUCGACUUAGGAUUAGAAAUGAUUAAGAUUAUUGCACGGGUUAGACAAGAAAAAAAUUUAAAUGUUGAUAUGCGAAUUGGAAUACAUUCUGGAUCAAUAAUGGGUGGUAUCAUUGGUAUCGUUAAAAUCCAAUUCGAUAUUUGGUCAGAUGAUGUGAGUUUAGCAAAUACUAUGGAAACUGAAGGAGUUGCCGGAAAGGUACACAUUACUCAAACAACCAAAAAUCUCUUGAAAAAGCAAUAUAAUAUUGAAGAAAAAAAAGCAACUGAGUCCACAAAGGUCAACAUGCAAACAUACUUAAUAUCUCCAGACGAUUCUCCAGAAACCCCCAGGAGACAUUCAAAAUUUCAAAAGCGAGACAUCCUGUUACACCAAAUGCAAAGAUUAUCUGAAGCAGGUAUUAUAAAAGACGGAGAAAAUUCUACGGAUUCUACGGACUCUUUACAAAAAAAAGUCUCAUUUGUUGAACAAGAACAAGAUCCUUCACAAAAACGUUUAUCAUUCGUUGAACAAGAAUCUAUGGAUCUUUCACAUUCAUUGCAAAAAAGAUUGUCAUUCAUUGAAGAAACACAAUAUGAUGUGGAUUGUCCAGACUCUGCACUUCAACCAAGACUGACAUUCGUUGAACAAAAUAUAGUCGACUCACUGGAACAAGAAGAUAAUGAACAAGCAACUGAAGAAACAUCUGAAGUAGAAGCAAACAUUACGCCAGUCAGAAGGCCAACUUAUCUUAAGCGGAAUGAAAAAGACAUUCGCAAAUUAGAGGAAACUAUUGAUGGAUCGAGCAUGAGAAUUUCUUCAAAAUCUGUUUCAUUUAUGGAUCAGGGUAAUCCUAAUCGUAACAGUGAAAAAAGUCUACCUAACAAUAGUAUUAAAGAUGUGGGUGCUGUUAGAAGACUGACUACUAACAGGAAACCAGUAAAUUCUUUUGGAGGAAGAUAUAGUGGGGAAAGAAGAAGAACUGGUGAACAAAGAAGGACUGCAUUUAUGAAAGUUAAUAAAAAAAGAUUUGAAGAAAGACAAAAGAAAGUUGGGGAAGAAAUAAAAAAAGAAAUAGAUAAAAUGACGUUUUCCAAAUAUGAACAAUUCAUAAAAAAUAAGGAUAUAAAUGCUUUUAUGUUUUUCCGAAAUUAUGAAAAUGAAAUCAAAUACUUCAAACAAAUGGACCCCCUGUUUAAAUAUUACGUUGCCUUUGAAUUAAUUGUACUCAUUUGUGUUUACUUGAUACAAAAUCUUACACUUGACAGUUGGGAUGUUUCUGGCGGCUGGCCAUUUUACAUGUCAGCAGGAGUUAUAUUACUCGUCUUGAUUCCUCUGACUUGGAUGCAUUUUAUUUGGAACAAAUUUAUAGAUUUGAAUGCACCGAAAAAUCGUUUUCUAAAAUACAUAUACAAUUUAUCUGAAUUAAUUGCAAGAAACUCUACCAUUAGACACUGCAUAUAUGUUAUAACUAGUUUAAUUCUCAGUUACUGCGUUUUAUCUGAAGCGGUGGAAUGUAUUGAAAGAACACAGCAUUCUGAGGCAGAGGUGAAAUACAAUCUUUUGUACAUACUUAUGAAAAAACAACAAGUCGAUUGGCACAUUCAAUGUAUGAUUCCUUGGCACAUGACGGAAACGUGUGCUUUAGCCCUUUUAAUGACAUUCAUAUUCUUGAAAAUACUUAUCUGGGUUAAACUUGUGAUUGGUUUAAUUGUAACUAGUGUAUAUGCAUAUUGUGUGUUUUCAUUUUCUGAUGGAUUUUAUCAGAAUAGUGAAACAUUUAACUACGAAAUGAAACCGCAAGUGGCACAUUUCCUGGCAUUGCUGUUCAUAUCUUUCACUCUACAUUUAAUUGACAGACAAACGGAUUAUAUGAACAGGAAAGAUUUCUUGUUGAAUAAUAAACUGAAAAAACAUAAAAAAGAGGCAGAUAAAAUAAAAAAUAAUAAUAGAAGGAUAUUAUUGAAUAUUCUUCCGGAACACGUAGCCGAAGAGUACCUAAAUACUACCCGAAAAAGUGACGAACUCUACUCCGAAUUGGACCAUAAGAAUGUGGCUGUGAUGUUCGCAACCAUAAUUUAUGAUACCUUCGAUGGUAUCACACAAAGAGACUUUUUAAAUUCUAUGAACGAGUGUAUUUCAGAAUUUGAUAAGAUUACGCUAAGAACAGAGUUCAAGAGCAUCGAAAAAAUUAAAAUCGCCAAAUGGACAUACAUGGUAGCUUGCGGUCUGGAACGAGAAACUGAAGGCCAAAGGGAGAAAAUGCACGUUUUGUAUCACGUGGAACCGAUCACCACUCUCAUAAAAUUUGCGGCUGAAAUGAUGAAAAAACUGAAGGAGUGCAAUUCGAAUAUGAUGCAAGAUUUCAGACUUAGAAUAGGUAUUAGUCAUGGUCCCUUGGUGGCAGGUGUUGUUGGUUCCAAAAAGCCCUUGUAUGAUAUUUGGGGGCAUCCUGUCAAUAUGGCAUCUCGAAUGGACACCACAGGAGAAGAAAACAAAAUACAGGUUCUAGAAGAAACUGCAAUAGUCAUUCAGGAAUUGGGAUAUCAGUGUCAAUUUAGAGGCAAAGUGAUGGUGAAAGGAAUCGGAGAAGCUCGUACAUAUUUUGUUUGUUUGGAUAAAAAUUAUAACUUAAUUAAAAUUAACGAUCAAAGAGAUUAGUGAUGAUAGAACGAGGU